CAGUCCUGCAGCUCCUUCACGCGAAGAGAUUCACAUUUCCGGCUUUGCGCGCGUGUUUCCCUUUUGUUUCCAGCCGCGAGACGCGUUUCUUACGAUUCCUCAGUCCUCGGAAAAGAGAAAUAAUUUAUAAAACAGAUCACCAUGAGUAAAGCGCAUCCACCGGAGUUAAAGAAGUUUAUGGAUAAGAAACUGUCACUGAAGCUGAACGGCGGUCGCCAUGUCCAAGGCAUCUUGCGGGGAUUUGAUCCCUUUAUGAACCUGGUGGUGGAUGACUGUGUUGAGGUGUCCACUGGUGGACAGCAGAACACCAUCGGCAUGGUGGUCAUAAGAGGAAACAGUAUUAUCAUGCUGGAGGCUCUAGAGAGUAUGAUGAUGAUGAUGAUGAUGAUAACGCCAAUACCUACGUCUUUUCCACGUCUUAUGUGCGAGUUUGUGUUAUGAAAGAGGAAUGAAUACGUUACCUUUUUUUUUCUUUCUUUUUUUCUUCCAUGUUUUGGAAAAUUGUGACAUUCAAAUAAAUACGGGAUCAUUUGUGA